AUGGCUCAAUCUGCAAUUGACAUUUUUAACCGCGCCUCUCAGCUCCAAGCUACGGGAAAUUUUGGUGAAGCGCUAAGAAUAUUACAAAUUGCUGCCGACAAUGGAUAUGCACCGGCGUUACAGCGUUUAGGCGAUACAUUCUCGUACGCUAUUGGAGUCGAACAAAAUUUUACAAAAGCGUUUGAAUUUUACUACAGGGCUGCCUGUACUGGAUUGGCUAUAUCUCAGUACAAAGUUGGAUGGUCGUUUCAAUUUGGCGUGGGAGUGCCCAGAGAUUAUAAUAAAGCGAUCGAGUUUUACUUUCUGGCUGCUGACCAGGAAUACCCACUGGCACAAUUCUGUCUCGCCUGGUGCUACGAACACGGUGUUGGUGUCGAAAAAAAUCCACAGAAAGCCAAAGAAUAUUUCGAAAAAUCAGCCCAAGGAGGGAUGGAUGAAGCUUUAUACCGUGUCGGUGAGAAUUGCGAGAUCGACGAAUAUUCCGCACAGACUGGGCCGUACAAUGUCAUACAGCCGCUAGAAAUUGAGUAA